AUGCCUUCUCUGUCGGCCUACACCCCCUUCGAGUCCCUGCUCUUCUUCCAGUCCCUCGCGACCUUAGAAUCACGUCCGGAUAGCUUUGCGCCCGUCUCGGAGCUGCUGCAGAGCAAUCCCUUCAUCCAGCAGGAUGUCAAGUACGACGCGGCCAGGUUGAGUCCGCAGGCCCUGGAGGAGCUAUACACGACCCUGCUAGCGGAAGGGUUCAGGUCUUCAGACGAUGAAGCAUCAGACCACAGCCAGAACCAGAGUCCACGGGAGACAGCUAAUUUGAAGAAGCGGAAGCGUGCUCAGGCCGUGCAUGAUGGUGCCGCAAAGUCACAUUCGGCUGCCAUGCCGGACUUGGUAAAUAGGCUAUACGCUAGGUACAAGGAACGCGUGACGAAGGAGAUACGGCGCGAGGAACGGCGGUACUCGGAAAUAAAGGACGAGAUACGGAGGCUGGAGGCUGGCGAGGACCUGCAGCAGCCACCUGCCGCCCUUGGUUCAGAUGUUCCUGUUCCUCAUGUUCCCCCGCCUGCUGGACCGUCAAAGGCAGACGCCGUCCAGGAAAAGGUGAUGGGCAGGAUACCACAGGAUGGCCUUCAGAUAGCUGCACCGACAGCCCAAACGCCCACCACGGCUACCACGACCACCGCGACUACCACAGGACCACCACAGGGGGUCCGGCGUGUGCAGCCUACAGUAGGUCCAGUUCCAUCAACUGGUAUCCCGCAGGAAUCUCCAGUCCCAAAUACGCCCAUUUUCAAACAGCCACUAUUGAACAGUCAAGUGCCACCUUCUACUCAAACGCCUCCGCCAGCCAGCACAACUGGAGCCAGCGUAUAUGCAAACAUACAACCAUUCCCUCCUCCUCCUGCCGCUACGACAGUGGCCACCCAACCCGCAUAUCAAAAUACCGCGCAACUGGUACCUCUUGCGAGAGUCCCGCCCACUCAACCUCCCGCAAAUACCACUUGGAACAAAACGCCUUCUCAGCUACCGCCCAAAGCUGCCCCUCAAACCGUCAAAUUCCAACCACUAUUAACCCCGCAAACCAUUCCGCAGUCCUCCUAUGGCCAUGGAUCUCCUCGCACGACCCCUAAACCAAAUAACCAGGCCCGUAAUAAACCUACACCUACCCCGAAACCCCUCGCCCCAACUAUCGAUAAAUCUAAUAUUCCCCAAAACCCACCGCUCUCUGCUCCGCCAGCAAUUUCCGCGCCCGCUGGCAGUGUAAGCACCCCUACUCCAUCAACGACGGCAGCUCAACCCACUGUCACACCAGACACCACAGGCCUGGAGAAACUAAAGACUCAACUCCCGUCCUUUGCACAAUCGUUAGGUCGAAGACCACCAAGACCCUCAUUGGUCACUCCCAGCGGCAAUACCCCUUGGAAAAUACCAGGCCCAAUAUCUUUGCCCAGUGAACCAGGAUCUCCUGAGCGCCCACGGUCCACGGAUAUAAGUCCCAUCAGCGAACGGGCACUCUCUCCAUCAAGACAAGAAGACGUCGAACAAUGGUCUGGUCAAACUGCACGUCGUAAGCUAGAUCUUGGAAGUGCUCGAGGAACUGGAGCCCGUGGCGGCCCGCAAGCGACUCCAAGGCGCAUUGAAAAGGAUAAUGUUGAAACUCCUUCGCCUACUGCUUUGCCUUCUGCACGACCUCGGACGCGGGGCCAGUCAAUCGCUUCCCGUGGUGAGGAUACGAGCCGUAAUAUCAAAAACGAGCUACCCAGCACUCCAAUAGGCAUACCUGCAGAAGACCUUGAAACCACCCACUAUCGCACAAAGCGGAAAAGAAGCCCCAGCGGAUCAUUUUCCCUUGAACAACAGCCGUCGGAUUGGAUGAAGGACAGCCAAUACGUGAUAUGUUCGCGAACAUUUGGCCGCACAUGCGGGCCCAUAAUGAACGAUGUAGCAGCCCACAAAUACGCUUCCAUUUUUGCCAAACCAUUGACCAACCGUGACGCGCCGGGGUAUAAAGACUUAAUAUACCGUCCGCAAGACAUAAAGUCUAUAAAAUCUUCAAUACACCAAGGCAGUCGCGCCGUUGCUGCAGCUUCGGAGGCAAUGAACCCCGCACAAACCACGGAUGAAUCCCCGCCAGCAACAGCAGCCACAACCGGGCCUGGAACAGGCGUAUCGUCCAAGGGUAACGUCCUGCUAGCUACGAAAUCGGCAGAGCUAAUGCCACCAAAGGGCAUAGUGAAUUCCUCACAGCUAGAAAAAGAAUUAAUUCGCAUGUUCGCGAACGCCAUCAUGUUCAAUCCAACGCCUGAUCACACCUUUGGCCCCGCAUUCCCCAUGCGAAGCGAUUCUAUCUCCCGCGAGGGGACGCGGAGCGCGGAGCCAGAUGAGGGAGGUAUUAUUAACGACACGCUGGAAAUGUAUGAGGAUGUGGAGAAGGCAAUCUCGACAUGGCGUUCUGCUGAGCGGCCUGUGGAUGAUGCUGGCGCGAAGGGUUUCCUGGCUCUAAGGCGAGGGACGCCAGGCGACCCUACUGACGCCGUGGAGGAUUAA